AUGGAGCCCAACAAAGUUCAGUCUGAAGGAGGUCUCAAUGUCACUCUGACUAUCAGACUCCUCAUGCACGGCAAGGAGGUUGGCAGCAUUAUAGGCAAGAAAGGGGAAACUGUGAAAAGAUGCGAGGAUAGUAAUGCACGCAUAAAUAUUUCAGAGGGGAAUUGCCCAGAACGAAUAGUUACCAUCACAGGACCCACAGAUGCCAUAUUCAAGGCCUUCGCCAUGAUCGCAUACAAGUUUGAGGAAGAUAUCAUUAACUCUAUGAGCAAUAGCCAGGCUACUAGUAAGCCUCCAGUGACUUUGCGCUUGGUGGUGCCGGCCAGUCAAUGUGGCUCUCUAAUUGGGAAAGGAGGCUCCAAGAUCAAGGAGAUGAGGGAGUCUACAGGGGCUCAAGUGCAAGUGGCUGGAGACAUGUUGCCUAAUUCUACUGAACGGGCAGUCACUAUCUCAGGUGCUCCAGAGGCCAUUAUCCAGUGUGUGAAGCAGAUCUGUGUGGUCAUGUUGGAGUCCCCACCCAAAGGUGCCACAAUUCCAUACAGGCCAAAGCCCGCCACGGCACCAGUCAUCUUCUCUGGCCAGGUAAGAGCAGACACUCUGACAGCACCAGCCACAGCCAACCUCAGCCUGUUACUGCAGCAUCAGCCUCUGCCUGCCUACACUAUACAGGGACAAUACGCCAUCCCACACCCAGACCAGUUGACAAAGCUCCAUCAGCUGGCUAUGCAGCAAACCCCCUUUACCUCCCUCGGACAGACCACCCCCGCUUUCCCUGGUGUGGAUGCCAGUUCACAGGCCAGUACUCAUGAACUCACCAUUCCAAAUGAUCUAAUAGGCUGCAUAAUCGGACGCCAAGGCACCAAAAUUAAUGAAAUCCGUCAAAUGUCUGGAGCUCAAAUCAAAAUCGCUAAUGCCAUGGAGGGGUCAUCAGACCGUCAGAUCACCAACGGAACACCUGCCAACAUCAGCCUGGCACAGUACCUUAUAAAUGCCAGGUUCAGAGAUGUGGCAGCCAUGUGGACUGACCCUUCAACCAUGACAACCUCCUGA